AUCCCCCUAGGAAGCGGGUGGACUCUCCCAUGCUGACCCGUCAUGGCCGGUGCCGGCCGGAGAGGAAGAGUCUGGAGGUGCUGAGUGUGACGGAGCAGGGCUCCCCCACACCCACGCGCAGGGCGCUGGACACCUCUGCACACAGCCAGAGGUUAGACAGAUAUACACACACACACACACACACACACAUACACACACACACAGCUCGCACAUAAACACACACACAUGCACACCGAAUAUGCACACACAUAUGCACACAGUGUUGUUACGGAAAAAACACAUGAUUUCACAUGUGGAUAAUCACAUGAUUUCACAGGUGAAAGUUCCACGUUUUGUACAAGCAAAUUCUAUUUCACAUGUGAAACCAUGUGGUUUUGGAACACUUCACAUGUGAUGAUAAUUCACGUGAAGUUUCACAUGUGAUUUUCACGUGAUUACAUAACCUUUCACAUGUGGAUUCAAAUAUUCAUAUGAUGCCCUGCAAACAAAAAGUUAAUAGGAUGUCCCCAGAACGUCACUAAAUUGCUACGGUGUUUUCCACUUAGAUAUUUGACACACAUGAUUACAUUGUGUAUUUGUACAGUAAUUAUUAUUCAACAUGUCCUCACCUGGGAUUUGAACUCACAACCUUUUAGUUCAUAGCAUUACGAUCUUCCUGUUACGCCACCAUGUCUGUGUCAAUGACUGAUUUCACGUAUUCCUACACUUUGGACUUCAAAGUAAAUCUCAGCUUUGUAUAAUACACUCAAGAAAAACGAUUAUAUUGAUAUUCAGGAGUAACCUUAAAACAGAAUAAUAUGCCCCACUAACAUAAGACAACUAUACAGAAAACCCUCAAAUUGUUGAGAUAAAUAAAUGAAAUCAAUGAUGAGAGAAUAGUCAGAUUAACUGAUAACUACAAUAGCAGUGCAGAUGGCACACUUUUUCUAUGUGCAGAGAUGUAUUAUAGGUAAUGAAUGUGUAUGUGACUUCUUAGAAUGCUACAGACUUUGUGAUGCAGCAGAAAGAUCAGCGUAACCCAAAUCCAGAGGUUGUGAGUUCAAAUCCCAGGUGGGGUCAUAUUGAGAAGUCAGUACUAAGUGAUUAUGUCAAAUGUAGUCAUUGAUGAAAGAUUUGUACACCUUUUUAGUACACAUUUUAGCUCAACAGCAUACCAUUUAGCUUAAAACCCCCAUGCCAUUUCAUUACUUCCCUUACAAAAACACGUGAAAUUUGCAGUUUCACAUUAUGAAGCUGAAAUUGAGCUGAAAUCUUCACAUGAGAAAAUAAGAAGCACAUGUAUUCAAUAUAGAGUUCACAUGUUAACACCUUUUCACAUGUGAGGAGUAUAAAAUGUUUUCACCUCACAUGUGAAUUGCAGAUUCACAUGUGGAUUUUGCACUUUCACAUGUGAAAAACUUUCAGACGUGUAAAUUGAAUUUGCACUUUCAUAUGUGACCGACCGGCUCGAUUCGGUCUUAUGUAGCAACAUUUGAAAUGGUGAGACUAGAGAUAGAAAAUUGUAUAUCAUACACUACAGUUGAGGAACAAUGGGAAAGUAAAUCAGCUUUGAAAGUUGAUCAACUUGUUACCUCACUUUUGAGAAAAUGGCCUUUGAAUGUUUUGGUACACCUACUGGAGAGCUCUUCUUUGUCUACACCCAUUCAGCAUCGUUCACACCCUCUUUCCCACCCAUCUCUUUAAGGAUUCACAUGUGAGGCCAUGUACUAAACAACCAAAGAUUUCAAGACUAAAGGCUGGUUUAUACUACGGGUGUGUUCGUAAAUUUCAUCUGGAGUGCCAGAGUGUGCUCUGGGCGUUCGUAAACUCAGAGCGUUGUCAGAUUGUCCGUUCGUAAAUUCAGAGCCUUUCGCUCUCGGAGUGUUCAGAGCGCACACUAGACGCUCUGGCCGAAGAAUUAGGGUUGAUCCGAGCGUUCUGUCCUAACAACAGUCGUCAAGCACCCAAGCUAACUGGCUAACAUUGGCUAGCUUUCUAGCUACUUCCAGACACAAAUGAGAGUACAGCUCACUCUGACCAUUUUACUCGCCCUAGCAGAGCUGGUUAGGCUGUUUUUAUGUUAUCCAGAGCGUUGGUGACUGCAACUGUGCUGCUGGCAACAAUGUAAUUACGCUUUUUUGCCAACGUUUACUGACACCGGCCAUAUUCAACGGGUGUUGAGCGUUCGUAAAUGUGUCAAUUAUUGUGCGCUCUGGCACACUCAGACGAGAGUGCUCUGAAAUCGGAGUAGAUAGCCAAAGUGAAUUUACAAGCUAUGUCUAUCGACAGUUGUCGCAGUGACAUCAUGAACAUUCUAUUAAAAUGGUUACUUGCAUAGUGGAGUCUUUUGUUUAGACAUAUAGCUAGCUAGCUAAACAAUUAACCAUAAUCCCAACUCAUAACGUUACUACCCUGCAUGAAUCUGCAGGUACAGUGGCUUGCGAAAGUAUUCCAGGUUGCCUUACAACCUGGAAUUAAAAUCGAUUUUUUGGGGGGUUUGUAUCAUUUGAUUUACACAACAUGCCUACCACUUUGAAGAUGCAAAAUAUUAUUUAUUGUGAAACAAACCUUGAGCGUCAAAGUCAAUACUUUGUAGAGCCACCCUUUGCAGCAAGUACAGCUGCAAGUCUCUUGGGUUAUGUCUCUAUAAGCUUGGCACAUCUAGCCACUGGGACCUUUGCCCAUUCUUCAAGGCAAAACUGCUCCAGCUCCUUCAAGUUGGAUGGGUUCCGCUGGUGUACAGCAAUCUUUAAGUCAUACCACAGAUUCUCAAUUGGAUUGAGGUCUGGGCUUUGACUAGGCCAUUCCAACACAUUUAAAUGUUUCCCCUUAAACCACUCAAGUGUUGCUUUAGCAGUAUGCUUAGGGUCAUUGUCCUGCUGGAAGGUCUCAAAUCUCUGGAAGACUGAAACAGGUUUCCCUCAAGAAUUUCCCUGUAUUUAGCGCCAUCCAUCAUUCCUGCCGAUGAAAAACAUCCCCACAGCAUGAUGCUGCCACCACCAUGCUUCACUGUGGGGAUGAUGUUCUCGGGGUGAUGAGAGGUGUUGGGUUUGCGCCAGACAUAGCGUUUUCCUUGAUGGCCAAAAAGCUCAAUUUUAGUCUCAUCUGACCAGAGUACCUUCUUCCAUAUGUUUGGGGAGUCUCCCACAUGCCUUUUGGCGAACACCAAACGUGUUUGCUUAUUUUUUUCAUUAAGCAAUAGCUUUUUUCUGGCCACUCUUCCGUAAAGCCCAGCUCUGUGGAGUGUACAGCUUAAAGUGGUCCUAUGGACAGAUACUCCAAUCUCCGCUGUGGAGCUUUGCAGUUCCUUCAGGGUUAUCUUUGGUCUCUUUGUUGCCUCUCUGAUUAAUGCCCUCCUUGCGCCUGGUCUGUGAGUUUUGGUGGGCGGCCCUCUCUUGGCAGGUUUGUUGUGGUGCCAUAUUCUUUCCAUUUUUUAAUAAUGGAUUUAAUGGUGUUCCGUAGGAUGUUCAAAGUUUCUGAUAUUUUAUUAUAACCCAACCCUGAUCUGUACUUCUCCACAACUUGGUCCCUGACCUGUUUGGAGAGGUCCUUGGUCUUCAAGGUGCUGCUUGCUUGGAAUACCUGGGAUAGGAUAAAGUAAUCCUUCUACCCCCCCCCCCCCCAAAAAAAAAAAAUUGUAAAGUGGUUAUCCCACUGGCUAUAGGGUGAAUGCACCAAUUUGUGAGUCGCUCUGGAUAAGAGCGUCUGCUAAAUGACGUAAAUGUGCCCUUGAGCAAGGCACUUAACCCUAAUUGCUCCUGUAAGUCGCUCUGGAUAAGAGCGUCUGCUAAAUGACUAAAAUGUAAAUGUAAAUGUAAAAUGUGAUGCCCCUUGCUUGGUGUGGUGUUGCAGACUCUGGGGCCUUUCAGACAGGUCUAUAUAUACUGAGAUCAUGUGACAGAUCAUGUGACACUUAAGAUUGCACACAGGUGGACUUUAUUUAACUAAUUAUGUGACUUCUGAAGGUAAUUGGUUGCACCAGAUCUUAUUUAGGGGCUUCAUAGCAAAGGGGGUGAAUACAUAUGCACGCACCACUUUUCCAUUAUUUAUUUUUUAUAAUUUUUUUUAACAAGUUAUUUCACUUCACCGAUUUGGACUAUUUUGUGUAUGUCCAUUACAUGAAAUCCAAAUAAAAAUCCAUUUAAAUUACAGGUUGUAAUGCAACAAAAUAGGAAAAAUGCCAAGGGGGAUGAAUACUGGCACUGUAGCUAACCAACCAGGUUCAAUGUUAGCUAGCUAACAUUAGGCUAUAACUAGCAAUGCAAAUGGCUCUGAGAUACGAAUAAUAUUAGUACACAGAUCAUACACGUAACGUUAGCUAGCGAGCCAGCCAGCUAAUGUUUGCUUGCUAGCUAACAGUACACGUUAACUUUAAAUGAAAACAACUUUCUGAUAAAAUUAGAAAUGUGUAAUAUCUGAAAAUGUAGCUAGCUAGACUAUCUUACCCGUAUACAUGGAUGGAUGCUUCUCCCCAUCCGUCACGGAUGCCUUUGGUUUCCCUUAGUUUGAAGAUGUAAUCCGGAGACAGGUGUGUUCUCCUUUUGACUCCGUCUGCAUAUUUGCAAUCAAACGCCAGAAUUUUCUCCAUCUCCUUAGCUAUCAUACUCUAAUUCCACUGAUUUCAAAACUCGGUCCUCCAGAAAGUGGAAAGCAACACUUAUGCAGUUCUGCUACGUGACAUCUUUAAAAAAAGUUGCGUUAGAAAGGAUUACCAAUACAUACUGACCAGCUCAUGUUAUAGACAGAAGCGUGCUACAUGGCAGACCAAUCUGAACUCGUCUCUCGGCAUGUCCAGCCCACUCAUUAUCUCAGCCAAUCAUGGCUAGCGAAAGGUUGCUGUGUUUUUCCGUGGCUAAACCAACUAGGCUCGUAAUUUAACAAUUGUAUUUGUAUUUACAGAUGGCAUACAAGUUUGUUAUUAAGGCACAUGAAAGUUCACAUGUUCCAGAAGGCAUUUCUGCCAAAAAACGCAUUUUGAUUUUUAAAAAAGUUUACGUUCUCCUGUGAAGUAGUGACGCGCGACAUAUGCCUAGAUUCCUGAAGUGAGUGACAUAUGUGAACAGUUCUCACAUGUGGAUUUGCAUUUUCACAUGUGAAAAACUUUCACGUGAAUAUCGGAUUUGCACUUUCACAUGUGAAAAACGUUGAAAUGUUGUGACACGUGUAGUUUCAUGUUAUCACAUGUUGCUUUGACAUGUUUUCACGUUAUCACAUUAACUUAACGUAAGAUCACAUGUGAUCACGUGAAAUUUAUGUGGUUUUUCCAUAAGGGGGACCAUGCUAUGUGUUUCUGUACCAGUGUUGUCUGAUAGUGGUAUUUUGUCCUCCAGGUCUCGUUCUGUCAGUGGAGCUUCAACAGGGCUCUCGUCAAGUCCCCUCAGCAGUCCCAGGGUAAGUCACGAUUGGCCAACUCUUAUCUUAUCAUGCUUGGCCAACUCUUAUCUUAUCAUGCUUGGCCAACUCUUUUACAAAUGGACACACAUUUACACUACCUGAUUAUAAUUAUAAAGGUAGUUCUACUGUAGAAUUGAUAAAAUACCAUACCUGUAAUAUCAGUAUAUUUUUGUACAUAAGUAUAUUUUGGAUUUGAUGAACUCACAUUCAGAUGAGACUACCUUUUGUUCAUGGUGAAAUGUGCUUACUGCACAGCUACACUACUGUGAUUUGAUUGCGUUUCUCUGUACUGAACUGAAUUGUAAUUGUACCUGUUCUUCUGAGACUGUCACUUGUCCUGACUGUCCAUCACCCUCAUACUGUCCCAUUCUGAGCCAUUACCCAUACCAUGGACACCAUCACAUACACACACACACAAAUGCACGAACGGACGCGUGCACACACACACACACACACACAGCAAUAGUAAGGGAGUCACACAAGAGACACACACAGAUAAGAUCACAUAUUAGCCCUCAAAUUGAAAGGGCCUCUGGACCUAUAUUCAAAAUGGACUCUAUUCAAUUUACAUAAUAAGAUAAAUAACAGAAUAUUCAUAAUUUGAUAAAUCUCUACAAUUAGAAAUGUAAUUACAAUCAGAAGUCUACAGUUUAUUCAUAAAUCAUAACUCAUGACCAUUGCUCUCUUCAUCUUUCCAUCUUUCCUUCCCUCCUUCCCUCCUCUCCAUCCCUCUGUCCUUUCUCUUCCCACCCAUCAGAGCCCAGUUUUCACUUUCAGCCAAUCAGAAGUCACCUCCGCCUCCACCACCCACUCCAAAGACCCCAAACCAGGAAGUGCAACCACUCCCCGGCCGACACAACGGACGACCGUGCCCGACCCCAAAACCCAGACCCUACCCUCCAAAGGGCUCUCUGAUCGCCCCCACUUUCAGUCCAUGAAGUCACUACCUCUCCAAGCUCCCCCCUCUCCGUCCCCCUCACCCAUCCUCUCCCCCAUCCCUCGCUUCUUCUUUUUCCCCGCCCCCUCCGUCUUUAAGUCGGUCACUAAGAGCACCUAUCCUAACUCUGCCCCUGUGCCACAGGUCACCCCUCAGGGGUCUCCACUCCCCACCCCCCUGGGCACCCCCGUCCACCACCCCCAGCACCCUCCGCCCACUCCUCCCUCUUCCUCCUCUUCCUCUUCCUCCUCGCGGGCGGAGGGAGGCGGCGGGGGCGGGGGUGGAUCCCUCUCCCUUACCCCACCCUCAAGCCCCGGAGGCAGCGGGGGGAUGGCCGCCAGUAGCUCUGCCCACUGGAGGACACGCCUCAACUCCUUCAAGAACAAUCUGCUGGGAUCGCCACGCUUCCACAGACGCAAACUGCAGGGUGAGAGAGAGGGGGGAGUGUGGGCAAGCUGCAGUGUGAGAGGGGAGGGGGGGGGGGGUAUGGGCAAACUGCAGGGGGAGAGAGGUGAAUUCUAUUUCAAUUCAGGAAUUUGGCAAUUCGAUGUAUUUCAUUUCAUUUGAUGGAGUCAAAAUGGAAUUGGGCCAAACCUUGAUGUUUGGAUAUCUAAACUAAAUUAUAUGAUAUAAACAAUUAUAUGCAUUGUGAUUCAUAUUUUAAAUCAAAUCAAAUCAAUUGAUUACAGUGCAGUAUACCUAACAAUACAAAACAAUAAACACAAAUCCCCAAACUAAAAAUAAAGAAAUUAAGAAAUAUCAGAACAAGCAAUGUCAGAGUCCGGAAUAUAAAUAUAUAUGGAUAUAAUGGUGUGUAUAGACAGUAUGGACAGUAUAUGAAUAGGAAAGGUGUGUUACAGCCUGAAUUCAAAAUGGAUUAAAUAUAUAUUUGUUUCUCACCUGUCUACCCCCAAUAACACAUCAUGACAAAGUGAAAACAUGUUUUUGUAAAUUUAUUGAAAAUGAAAUACAGAAAUAUCUAAUUUACAUAAGUAUUCACAUGUUAGAAUCACCUUUGGCAGCGAUUACAGCUGUGCGUCUUUCUGGGUAAGUCUCUAAGAGCUUUGCACACCUGGAUUGUACAAUAUUUGCCUAUUAUUAUUUUAUAAAUUCUUCAAGCUCUGUCAAAUUGUUGGUUGAUCAUCGCUAGACAACCAUUUUCAAGUCUUGCCAUAGAUUUUCAAGCAGAUUUAAGUCAAAACUGUAACUCAGCCACUCAAGAACAUUCACCUUCUUCUUGGUAAGCAACUCCAGUGUAGAUUUGGCCUUGUGUUUUAUGUUAUUGUCCUGCUGAAAGGUGAAUUAAUCUCCCAGUGUCUGAUGGAAAGCAGACUGAACCAGGUUUUCUUCUAGGAUUUUGCAUGUGCUUAGCUCCAAUCUGUUUCUUUUUUUAAUCCUGAAAAACUACCCAGUCUUUAACGAUUACAAGCAUACCCAUAACAUGAUGCAGCCACCACUAUGCUUGAAAAUAUGGAGAGUGGUACUCAGUAAUGUGAUAUAUUGGAUUUGCCCCAAACAUAACACUUUGUAUUCAGGACAAAAAGUGAAUUGCUUUGCCACAAUUUUUGUAGUAUUACUUUGGUUCCUUGUUGCAAACAGGAUGCAUGUUUUGGAAUAUUUUUAUUCUGUACAGGCUUCAAUUAGGUUAGUAUUGUGGAGUAACUACAACGUUGUUGAUCCAUCCCCAGUUUUCUCCUAUCACAGCCAUUAAACUCUGUAACUGUUUUAAAGUCACCAUUGGCCUCAUGGUGAAAUCCCCUAAGCGAUUUCCUACCUCUCCGGCAACUGAGUUAGGAAGGAUGCCUGUAACUUUGUAGUCAAUGGGUGUAUUGAUACACCAUCCAAAGUGUAAUUAAUAACUUCACCAUGCUCAAAGGGAUAGUCAAUGUCUGCUUUUUUCCCCCCAUCUACCAAUAGGUGCCAUUAGAAAACCUCCCUGGUCUUUGUGGUUGAAUCUGUGUUUGAAAUUCACUGCUCGACUGAGGGAUCUUACAGAUAAUUGUAUGUGUAGGGUACAGAGAUGAGGUAGUCAUUCAAAAAUCAUGUUAAACACUAUUAUUGCACAGAGAGAGUGAGUCCAUGCAACUUAUUAUGUGACUUGUUAACCACAUUUUUUCUCCUGAACUUAUUUAGGCUUGCCAUAACAAAGGGGUUGAAUACUUAUUGACUCAAGACAUUUCAGCUUUUAAUUUUUAAUUAAUUUGUAAACAUUUCUAAAAACAUCAUUCCACUUUGACAAUAUGGGUUAUUGUGUGUAGGCCAGUGGAAGAAAAAAACCUCAAUUUAAUCCAUUUUAAAUUCAGGCUGUAACACAACAAAAUGUGGAAAAAGUGAAGGGUUGUGAAUACUUUCUGAAGGCACAUAACUAGAAUACAGUAUAUACAUAUGAAGUGGGUAAAACAGUAUGUAGACAUGAUUAAAGUGACCAGUAUGUGCAUAUUCUCUUCUCAAAGUAGCCACAGUCUCUUCUACCAUUGCAGAAGGACCGUAGUGUACUAUACGGUGCUCAAAUUAAUUAGACAGAUUGGUAAUUAAAUCAAUGAAACUGAAUCUCAUCAAGUGAUGUCAUCAAGUUCUACUUCCCUCUCUCCCUCUCCACCCUCUCUCUCUCUUUCUCCUUCUUUUUCUAACUUUCCCUCUAUAUAUAACUCCCCCAUCUCUCUCUCUCUGACUCUCUCUUCUUUCUCUCUCUCUUUCUUCCCGCCCCCUCUCUCUCUUUCUUUCUCUCUCCAUCUCUCUCCUUUUGCUCUCCUGUAGUUCCAACACCGGAGGACAUGUCCAGUCUAACUCCAGAAUCAAGUCCAGAGUAAGUAGAUAAUCAUAGACAUACACAGUUAGUCUAUCUAUAUCCAUCAGUAUGACUGUCCUGCCUGUCAUGUAAAAUGCUAUCUAUCUGCUAGCCUGUAACACGUUUCUAUGCUGCAUGUUUCGGUAACACUUCAUAUCAACUUCCUUGAAUAAGCCAUUAUAAAUACUUAUAAAUGUUCAUAAGCAUCUAUAUCUAACAUGCAUUUUAAAUGUAGACUCUUAAAAAUAUAAAAAUAUGAAUAUAUAACUAUUAAGAAUGCUUCUGAAUUGCAGGCUGGCCAAGAAGUCGUGGUUUGGGAACUUCAUCAGCCUGGAAAAGGAGGAACAGAUAUUUGUUGUCAUUAGAGACAAACCACUUAGUUCCAUCAAAGCUGAUAUAGUCCAUGCCUUCUUGUCUGUAAGUAUCUCUUCCUCUAUCCUCAUUCAUUCUUCCUCUCUAUCUCUCUCUCUGACAACUCUCUCUUUCUUUUUCUCUCUCGCUCUCGCUCCCUCUAUCUCCUUCUCUUUAAUUCUGUAUCUGCACCUUCCCGUCACUCAGUUUCCGUGAAAGGCCUGUACAGCCAUGAUGCAAAGAUACACAACCACAUUCAUAAAACAUGAACAAAUAAACAUUGAUGAACAUCUUGUAAGGCUUGUAAAGCUGUUUCCACCUCUGUUUCCAAUGCUGUGUUUUUACAUGACAUCUGUCCAGAUCCCGUCCCUGAGUCACAGCGUCGUCUCCCAGACCAGCUUCAGAGCAGAGUAUAAGUCCUCUGGCGGCCCCUCCGUCUUCCAGAAGCCCGUUAAGUUCCAGGUGGACAUCGCCUUCUCUGAGGGAGAGAGGGAGAGAGAGAGGGAACGAGCCGAGAGGGAAGGGAAGAGAGAGAAUGGCAUCUACAGUGUGACUUUCACCCUUAUAUCAGGUAGUGGUUCCCAAACUUGUUUGUGAUACAGUAAGACUUUUUUAAAGUGUUCUUGCGACCCACCAAGGGGCAAAUCCUAACUUUCACUUAAGGCGAAUUGUCACUUAGUUAUGAAUUGAUGUCAAUGGGAAUAGGAUUUUCAAGUGAAAAUUUGACUUAAGCGGAAGGUUAGGAUUCUCUUGAAGUUACAGUUUAAUUAGUCUAUGAGACUUUUGUUGGCAAAAAUGUGUAAUCAGUGUUUGGCAUGAUUUUAUCCUAUAUUUUAUCCUAUAAUAUAUCCCCAACAUAUACCAUGAAACUGUCAGGAGACAGUUAACAGAACUCAUUAUACAUGUAGGUAAUUCAUCUUAAAGUGAUGCGGGGCAGUGUAUACCUUGACUGAGUGUUUGUCUGUCUCCUUAGGUCCAAGUCGCAGGUUCAAGAGAGUGGUGGAAACGAUUCAAGCCCAGCUACUUAGUACUCAUGAUCAGCCAUCUGUGCAGGCACUUGCUGGUGGGUCCCCUCACACACACACACACACACACACACACACACACACACACACACACACACACACACACACACACACACACACACACUAUUUAUAUCUCUGUCUUCAUCAAACUCAUGUCUUUCUAUCUUUUUCUCCCCAGAUGAGAAGAAUGGGCAACUGACCUCGCGUCCGCCCGGCACCCCGACCCGGCAAAACUCCCGACGUUCGGAAGGAGGUGGGGACCGGGGGGAGAGGUGUGAGCGUGGUGACGCAGGGAUAGGGGGCAGCGGGAGCGUACUUCAAAGGAGGGGCUCGGGCAAAGACAAGACCAGACUCCUUUCCUCCAACGGGACACAGUCCCAGCCC